GGCCGGAAAAACUCAUUGGCAAGAAAUACAUCAUUGGAAUCGAUCCGAAUGAAAAAUCGUGGUUAACUGUAGUGCGUCGCAACAUUCAAAAAACACCUGAUGAGCCGGCUGUUGAGGAAAACAUUAUAAUACCAAACCAGCGUUUUCAUUGGGAAACUCAGCAGAAAAAACGAGACAAAGAAGCGAAAAAGUUGGCUGGAUGGUUUGAUAUCGAAGAGAAGGAACAUCUCAAAACCUACCCAUAUCGUCCACCAUCACCACGUAAUUCAACAUGGAAAUCAUACAUUGAAUAUCGCAUUAAAAUGUUACGAAAAGGAAUGGCAGCUUAUGCGACGCGUGAAUAUGCACGACUGGAUUUAGACCAUUACAUUCGCUCGACCAGAGUAAAUGAUUAAAUCGCCGUGUGUGUGACAAACAACAAACCGUCGUUGGUUCAAUUUGGUGCUUGGGCGAUGAAACCCGAUCGACCGUUUGGAAUAAAAAAGCGUAAAAGAUGUCCGGGAUCGCGUAAGUUUCGUGUGAGCAUUAAGAAACUUGGACAUUCAGAAGUUGAAAUGCAAGAUGAAUGGGGAACAUCACAAACAUGCGCGAAUUGUCAGGAACGUUUUCCAAGGCACACAAAAGAUGAUCGAUUUAAAGUGUGCUACGAUUGUAGAGCGAAAAAGAUUGAUGGCCUGCCAGAUUCAGUCGCUGGACUGCCAGAUAUCAUUGUGUCAACGGUCAACAGACGUGUUUUGAGAAGAAAACGUGCAAUUAUUAAGCGACAAAUUAUCGAUGGCAAUCGUGAGGCUGUGAACGAAAAACUUCGGACUGGGCGUUUAAUGUCAAAGGUUAAAGUUACCUACAAAAAUUGGCCAUUAAAUGUUGAUGAUGAUGAUGUUGUUCCACAAACAGUUACUUGGCACCGAGAUAUUGUUGCAGCAAAAUGCAUUAUGCUCAAAGGUAUGAAUCAAUUGGAAACAGAAUAUUCAUUAUUUAAUGUAUUUGCUUUAAAUUACAUAGGACUUUGCCGGAUCUUUGAUGUACCAUUGCCAGUUUCAUUGUUAAGACCGCCGGACUAAAACAACAAUGUCAACUAACAAACAUCAUCAAUUAAUCAUACAUUCAAAAAAUUACAUAAAAUAAAAUAUUUUAACUAUUAUAGUUAGCUUAGCUAGACAUGAACAGACUAUAUAAAGUCUUGUGGUCUAGUUGUACAAUAGUACAACAUUGUACGGAGGGGGAGUGCCCGUAGAUGAGUAAAGUUUUUAAUUUAAAAAAAGUAUUUUAUACCCAGUUCAACUGAUACUAAUGGUUGUCUUUCCCUUUUUCCAUGUUUUCACACCUGAAUGUUCCACCAUGCCAAACCUAUGGAAAUGACUGAAACUACACACGAAUCUAACCCCGAAAACGACCGUCAAUAUGUGCUUCAUAAUGGAUGCAUUUGCCCUAUCAAUUGUUUGCUGGGAAAUUAAUUUGGAUAUUUUAUAGAAGCUCUACUUAAUAAAUUUUCGUUAAAACGUUAAACGUUUUGUAAAUCAUCAUGUAGAAUUGUAGAUUGAGAAAUUCGGCGAAUAUAAUUCAUUUCA